UCCUCCAAAGUGGGGCUGGUGGUCUCCUGAGCCUGGCAUGAGAGCAGAGCCAGGGACCCUGGCCACGAUCCAGCCUUGGAGCUGUUUUGGACACGGGACGCUCCAUCAAUUGCUUGCCAUGGACUUCAGAGCAGUUAUCCUGCUGCCUCUCUCUCUCUGGCUUUGGGGAACCGCCUCUUCCGAACCGGUCAGUUUUUGUUCCUCAUCUCCAUGUACGAAUGGCGGGACCUGCCAUGACCUGGAAAGUGGCUACAGGUGUGUCUGUCCUCAGAGUCCCUUAGCCUAUGUGGGAAAUGACUGUGAAUUCCUCUAUGAUGCAUGCACUGUACAUUCCUGUCCAGCCGAGUGGAACUGCACAAGGACACCUGGGUACUUGAACUACACUUGCCACUGUGAGCCAGACUCACUGGAUCUCAACUGCAGCAUCCGAGGCGAUGAAUGUGAGCUCAGCCCUUGUCCAGAGCCUCAUCUGGCAUGUGUGCAGUUGCCUAAUGGCUAUGGCUGCCAAUGCCAGAGUGAAGAGAGCUGCCAAACUGGGCCAUCGGUUUGCUCCAACCAGCCCUGCUACAACAAUGGGACCUGUACUGAGAUUGCUGGGGGCUACGCCUGCAAAUGCCAGCCUGGCUUCAGCGGGCCCCACUGUGAAGAGGAUGUGGACGAAUGUUCCUCGGCCCCAUGCCAGAAUGGAGCCAUCUGCCUCGACAGGGUCAAUGAGUACAACUGCUUCUGUGUGCCUGGCUUCCAAGGCUACCACUGUGAGAUAGACAUCAAUGAAUGUGCCUCCCGGCCUUGCCAACACAAUGGCACCUGCCUCAACCUGAUGGACCACUACCUUUGCCAGUGCCUGCCCGGCUACACAGGUAUGAAUUGUGAUGUGGAGAUUGACGAAUGUGAAUCGGGCCCUUGCUGGCACAAUGGCACCUGCAGUGAUCACAUUGGGUACUUCACCUGUUCCUGUAUGCCAGGCUUUGAGGGGGAGCAGUGCGAAGUAGAUAUUGAUGAGUGCCAGAGCCAACCCUGUCUCAAUGGAGGCACAUGCCAUGACCUUGUCAACAGUUACCAAUGUGACUGCCUCAGCACUGGCUUUGAAGGGCAGAGCUGUGAGCUGGACGUCUUGGAGUGUGCCUCUCAGCCUUGCCAGAAUGGAGCUUCUUGCCUAGAAGGAGUGGGACGCUACAGCUGCGCUUGCUGGCCAGGAUACGUGGGAGAUUUCUGCGAAGAAGACGUGGAUGAGUGUGCUGGGCAGCCCUGCCUGAACGGUGGCCAGUGCUUCGAACGGUCUAACCAGAGUUACUAUGGGGAACGUGAGGACUUUCCUGCUGAGUUCAGCUACCAGGAGGCGGCUGGAUUCAUCUGCAGGUGCCAGCCUGGCUUUGAUGGAGAGACAUGCUCCAUCAAUGUAGAUGAAUGCAUAUCCCAACCAUGCCAGAACGGAGGGAGCUGUGUAGAUCUGGUCAAUAGCUACGAGUGUCAUUGCCUACCUGGAUACUCAGGUGUGGAAUGUGCCACUGACAUUGACGAGUGUGAAGGGCACCCGUGUGAAAAUGGGGGUGCCUGUGAAGAUGGUAUUGCUGACUACAUCUGCCAUUGCAUCCUGGGUCCAGAUGGAAUUGCCUGGGGUGGGAAGAACUGCUCUGUGGAGCUCACUGGGUGCCAGAGCCACAGCUGCCAAAAUGAGGCCUUGUGCGUCCCCACCUACCGCUCUGGGGCCCAUGGACACCUGUGUCAGUGCCGCCCAGGAUUUUAUGGCCCCACGUGCUCCAUGCCCACCUCCUUCUCCUUCACAUCCAAGGUCUAUCUCUUCAUCAACUUGUCUGUAAACCAUGAAAAGGCAGCAGAAAGUAACCUAAGCAGUGUGUCUCUCCGAUUCCGGACCACCUUGCCUGAUGCCAUCCUCUUCUACAGAGGCCAGCACACUGAACACCUGUCCCUGGAGCUCUCUGGCGGUCUUCUGCGAGUGACACUUUCAGUACAGGAUGCCACAUCAUCUUUUACCCUGGCAGCCCCACGGGUAGAUGAUGGCCACUGGCAUAAGGCUGAAGUCCUCAUGCAAGACUCUCUGGAGCUCAGGCUGUGGCAUGAAUCCUGCAAUGCUGGCAUCUGUCUGAUUAGUCAUCCCCUUGAACAAACACCCCUUGCUUCUUUCCUGCCAUCUCUUUUGCACAUAUAUAUUGGGGGAGUUGAAGAGACACUAAUGGCCAAACCCAUUAGAAAUUUCAUUGGCUGCCUAGAAGACUUGUGGAUUGAUUCAAAGGUUGUCCUGCCACAGGAGGUGGCUGGACUGCAAUCCUCCGGCUUCCAGGUGGGCUGUGAGAGGACAGAGUGGUGUCGUUCUGAUCCUUGUUCACAUGGUGGCCGGUGCAUUGACCUCUGGACGGAUUUUCGCUGUCACUGUCCUCGGCCUUACGAAGGUCACACAUGCGUCUAUGAGUCUCCUGCAGCAACAUUUGGGCAAGACAACUCCUUGAGCUUUGCUACUUUUGAAAUUAGCAACAGUCCCGGAGCAAACUUUAACAUUUCCUUUUUCAUCCGAACUCUGAAGCCCAGCGGUCUGGUGCUCCAAAUCAGCAACGGGAGUGACACUUUCCUAACAGUAUAUCUGAAGGAUGGGAAGCUCCAGAUAGAGACUCCAACGGUUGACCCCAUCAAGCCAUCUGGGCAUCUGGCUGAUGGCAUGAGACAUUUUGUGAUGCUUUCCUUCCAUUACGGUGUUGCGCAUGCCAGCCUUUUCAACAGAGAGGAGGAGCUGGGACCUCUGGUGAUAACCCCUCUCACCGCUGGCUCCGAGCUUCACGUUGGUGGACUACAGGAUCAAGACAGCAUGAGCCCCUGGGGAGGACAGUUUAAAGGCUGCCUUCAAGAUAUCCAGCUCAAUCACCACCAGAUGGAGUUCUUCCCCCAUCUAGCACAAAACAGGAGUGUCUCACAAGAGGUCUACGUGGGACAAAAUACCAAUGUUGGUUCAGGAUGCAUCUCAGAUGACACCUGCAAGUCUGGACCAUGCCUGAACAAUGGCCUCUGUGCCGUCACCUGGAAUGACUUUAAUUGCAGCUGCCCUGCCAACUUCACUGGGAAACACUGUGAGAAGAGAAUCUGGUGCAAAAGCGAGCCAUGCCCACAAGCCACAACUUGCAUCGAUGUUCCCUCUGGCUAUGUCUGCCUGGCCAGUGUCACCUUCUAUGAACGCAAUGCCAUUGAGUUGACCGCCAACACAACCAUCGCCAGAGCUCUCCACAGCCUGCGCCUGGACUUCAGAACACGGGACAAAGAGGCCAUCUUGCUGCGGGCUGUAGAGGAGGUGGAUUCUCUCUUGGUGGCUAUCCAGAAUAACUCCCUCUUGGUGGAGAUCAGGAGUGGGAACGGCAUUGAGGGAGCCAACUUCCUUAGUCAGAGGUCUGUUUCAGAUGGUUAUUGGCAUACGCUAACAUUGUCCAUGGAAGAGCCCCUGGCUCUUUCAUCAAGAUGGCACCUCCAUUUGGACAGCUCUGUCAACACAACCCUUGAUGGGAAUGCUGGGAAUCUGGACUUCCUAAGAAGCAAGACAGUGCUUGUUGUGGGAGAAAACUUCACCGGGUGCCUUGGGCACAUGGACAUAGGCGGUGUGUUUUUGCCACUGGCUGUCCCCAUCUCCUACCCACAGCCAGAGCAGUUCCUGCAGAUGAAUGGUGGGGCAGCCCUCCUUGGCUGCAAGGGUGCAGACAUCUGUUCUUCCGGCCCAUGCCAGCAUGGGGGCUCGUGCCAGGACCUCUUCAAUGCCUUCAGCUGUGCCUGCAGUCCUGGGUGGGAGGGCUCGCUUUGUGAGGCCAACAUCGAUGACUGCAAAUCCAGCCCCUGCAUUCACGGGAAAUGUAUGGAUGAGGUGGGAGAUUUCCAGUGUGACUGCCACAAGGGCUACAUUGGGAAGCGGUGCCAGAUCAAUGUGGAUGACUGCAUUAGACACAAGUGCCAGAACGGAGCCACCUGUGUGGAUGAGGUCUACAGCUAUUCCUGCAAGUGUCCACCACACUUCACAGGCCCUUUCUGCGAGUGGCCAUUCCCCCCUGAAGAAUGUGGGAAGAACUUCACUUGUCUGAAUGGCGGCAAAUGCAUCAGCGGGCCCUGGGGAGCCAACUGCACCUGCAAGCCGGGCUACACGGGAAGAAAGUGCCAGAUCAACAUCAAUGAGUGUGACCCCAACCCCUGCCAGAAUGGAGGGACCUGUCAAGACUCAGUAAACCGGUACCGGUGUGUGUGCAGUGCCAGCUACACUGGAGAGCGUUGUGAUAUUGAUAGAGGGACUCUUCCAGGUGCUCUCUUCCCGUUCCCAUUAAUUGAAGUAGCCGUACCGGUAGCCUGCGGUUGCUUGCUGCUACUCAUUAUUAUCCUCGUUCUUAUGAUUCUCACGGCCCGGAAGAGGCGCCAGUCAGAGGGGACCUACAGCCCAAGCCAACAGGAGGUGGCAGGAGCCCGCCUGGAGAUGGACAGUGUAUUAAAGGUGCCACCGGAGGAGCGUUUAAUCUAGGUACUGCCCAAGGGAGGCCACGAAGUGCCUUUGCAAAGCCUGCACUGAAACACUGGGCUUAGGUCUCAGGCCGUGCACUCCUCUCGCUCGCCUCACCAAGCUCCUUCAAGGCUUAGGAGAAUGGUGGAGUCACAAGCACACUCGAGUGGCUGGGCCACAGGGGCCCCUGGAAGUAGCCGCGGCCCUUCCUCUCCUCACUCUCCUUGGUCCCUCUCCAGCAGCAGCAGGUAGUUAGGCCCCCCCUGCCCUACUCCGGCCAUCCCUCCAGGCACCAUAGGAGGCAGGCACAAUUGUCUCAAGACCACCUUCCAACAGCAACAGCAUGGCUGAGCCUGCCUCUGCUCUUAGACACGGCUCGGGACGACCAGAAUCCACUGAAAGCAUUUAUACAAACAUUCUCUUUUAUGAAAUAGCCCCCAGUCUGGGUUUUUACAUUAUGUCAUAUUUUUAGGGGGAUUGUUCUCA